UGAAUCCGUGAAAUAAGGUUAUGUUCGCGUUGCUUUCUUAGCUGAGGACGCAGUUUCUUUCUGAAACGCCGAGCAGCGAUCUUCUGAGCUCACGUGCGGCGAAUUUUCGUUUAAAUUUAGGAGAUUUUCAAGUCAGUGACUUGGCGAGGUUAUAUUUAGAAGACCGGCGUGGCGUUGUAACUGAGAGCCAGAAACCGCUUUGUCCAAAUUUGGAGUUUGAAGAGUUAAAUAUAACACUGUAUACCCAUUGCGAGCGUGCAGUUUGCGUCUAGCAUUGGUGCAGUGAAAAUGUUUUAAAGUGGUGUCCUCUGAGUAUUGAAUAUUUCCACCAUGGCACAAGUAUCGGAUGCAGUUAAGAAGUGUGUUGCUAUACUGCAGCAUGCCUCCAGUGACACUGAAAAGUUUGCGGCCCUGUUCAUGGUCACCAAACUGGUCAAAGCAAAGGAUUGCAACACUACAGCGAAGAAGUUAAUUUUUGAGGCUAUUGGUUUUAAAUUCUUGAAAAAAUUACUUCUGACUAGUGAUGUGCCUGUUGAUUGUCCCCCAUCUAUUUACAAAUCGGUUGCACUUUCUAUCUUGACAUGCUUCUGCAACGAGCCGGAACUUGCUACUCAUCCAGAAAUGUUAGCCAACAUCCCUGUUUUCCUUGACAUUGUCCAACAAGCUGAUGCAAGCGAUUAUGAUGAUAAUUUGAUUAUUGUAGGAGAAGCCUACGGAUGCUUGAAGAGUAUUGCUUCAUUUGAACCUGGACAGAAGGCCUUGUUUGAUGUUGGAGCCAUUACCAAAAUGGCUGAAAUUUAUUCUCAGCAGAGUUUCCAAACAGAUGAGGCCCUGAAUAUUCUCCUUGUGCUUGUCAAUAAAUUUGGAGCAAAUUCUUGGGAUAAAAAUAACUUGAAAAAUUUCCAUGCACUUGUAAAUAAAAUUGCUCUAGACUUUGAAACUGACAAUGAUGAAAGAAAAUUUGAACUUUGUUCAAUUUUGAAUGGUCUUUUGUAUAAUUCUCACAGAAAAGAAAUCAUGGAAUCAUAUGGAAUUGAAUUGUGGCCCUUCAGUAUUUACAAAGGACUGUUUGAUGUAUUAACAAGUAAGAUUGGCAAGAAACAAAGAGACCCAGCAUUAUGCUUAGCUUCCACUAUGAUGGAUGUGCUUGGAGUGGAUUGGAUAUUUGGGGAUGAAGAAAAAGGAAAGCAAUUUUUCCUACUUUUGAUUCAAUUGGGCGCCAUUGAAGUUAGAAUGCAGUUAGAUGGAAAGGGGCUUCAACAAGUGUACACUCAAGCAAACCUGAUGACUGCUUGCUACAUCAUUUUGGAGAUUUCAAUCAAUUACAUAUCAACUGAUCAAUUGGAUUUGGAUCAGAAGGAGAAGCAAAAUCUGUACACUGGAUUGAAAGGAGCAUUUUCGGCUGUAAUGUCGUUCUUAACGAAAAUUUCAAAUGAUAAGAACAAGGAUAAGAUUCCAGGAAAAGAGAAAUUGUUCGUAUGUGGAACAAUCAGGGUUUUGGCGGCUUGGCUUGCCCAAGAAACGUCGGCCAUGAGAACGCAAGUGUAUCAGCUGCUGCCAUUUAUUUUGGGUUUGGCUAAUGAAUCUUUCUACGCUUGCAAAGCGAGGAGAUUAGCGGAGAAAGCAGGAACACCAAUGGAAGUUGAUGAUCCAAUAUCCAAGUUUGAUGUUCUGAGAAUUAUGCUUCCAGCUCUGUGCCAUUUAACUGUUGAGGACGAAGCAAGAAAAAUUAUGCUGAAAAUUAACGAAGACAAGGCACUUUACGAUUGCUUCGAAUACCAUUGGUCGAUAGUUCAUUAUAAGAGACCGCCAGUUCCUAGGAGCGAACGCCUGAAAGUAUUGGCGAAUCCAAAGAUCGAAUUAUCUCCCGAGAUUCUUGAAGAUAUGAAGGAUUCGCGAGCUGCGAUGAUCAGCACAUGCAACAUUUUCAUGAACAUCACCGUCUUAGAGGCUAAAUACAUCGAAGACAGCGACUUGUUCAAUGAACUCAUGAAGUUCAUCUUUGAGAAUUUACCCGAACUUAAAGAUAUUCCCGAGAAUCUUCCACUGCACGGCAAUUUGGCGGUCCUCGGUUUGCUUCUGAUGAAGCAGCAGAAUAAGAAAAUCAAGAAGAACGAUUUCUCGAUUUGUAGAUACAUUAAAGCUACCAUUCGUUUCCUGUGGGAUGCGUACGUUGCGGAUGAAUCAAGCGACACUGGUAUAGUUGUUGCCAUGAGCUACAAGGAGUAUUGGAUGGAGAUUAUGGAACUUUGGUUCCUGGGAAUGCAGACGAUGUCGGCAAUAUUGUCUUUCGUCCCAUGGAUCUCUGAGUUCGCGAUCGAAAGCGGCUGGGCCGAAGGGAUCAUCGAUACAUUGAAGAAGGUUAAAAUCGGAGCUCUCCCUCCCAACGUGAAGUCGGCGUACGAGGAUUUCCUGUGCCGUCUCGUCGAUGCCAACGGUGAUGUUAUUCCUGUGCUGAAGAAGGCCGACGCUCUCAAAGUGUGCAGAAACCACAGGCUCAUGGAGUUGGGCAAGAAGCUGUUCGGUGAUUAAAUAAACGCACCAGAAAAUCAAAAGACUUAAGAUUGCUGCUUCAUUAUUUUCAUACUCGAUUUUUCUAUUUGGAAUAUAACAAUUCUAUAUCGCCUGUUCGGAUUUUAUAUAUGUUUUUAAAGCUCGUGUUUAUUAUUUCUAGUCUAUAAAUGGAUGUAUUAAACAAGCAAAACACAUACACUUUUA